GUCCUCUUUUCUCCCCUCUCUCUUAUUAUCUAGUAUCUUUCUAGGUAGUUAUUAUCUAGUAUCUCGCUGGUAAUUUUUAAGGCGGUUCUCAGAAUGAUAACACAAACGGAUCGUUUAGGUUAUUUUAUAUGGAUCAGUUUAUGCAAAAAAUCAUACCAAAAACGGUUUUUCUUUCAUUCAUUUUGGUUAAGAAAUAAAUGUCAGAAUACAGUCGAGCUAAUAAUGCCAAGGUGAAGAAGUUUCAUAUCUCGAGAUUAUCUAAUUUGACUUUGAAAUAUUGCAACUGCUUGUGUCUGAUGAAAAAACAUGCUGAAGAACUGUUGGCUAUAAUAUAUCAUGGUCAUGUGAGAAUAUGAUCAGGUACUUUUAUCGCAGUACUGUUAAAUGGUAUAUCAGUACGCCUAUUUCUGCACAUAAACACGUACCUGGUAGAGCAUUUCUACUCACCAAUAUCAGUGUUCACGUGAACUCUUAUCAGUAUAGUUCCAAGACAUUUUGUGUUGUAAAACGCAAUAUGAAUAUGUUUAAACUGGCGGACUAUGACUGCAUUGGCUUCGACUUGGAUAAUACUUUAGUGCGUUAUAAAGUUACGGACUUGAUGCACAUGGAAUAUGAAAUAUUAGCUACAUUUAUGGUAAAUAAACGGGGAUACAAUAAGAAACUGUUGGAACCAUUGACAGACAAUGACUUGGAUUUUAUGCAAAAAGGAUUAGUGCUAGACUUUGAGAGAGGAAAUAUACUCAAAUUAGGUCUAGAUGGUAUUAUCCAUAAAGCCUGUCAUGGCACACAUUUGUUGAAUAAAGAUCAAAUAAAGGAGAUAUAUCCUGAGCAGAAAUGGGAAGUAACUGAUAUUUUCUGUAGUAAUGCUCAGGCUUUAAUGGAAACCUGGAAUGGCCCUUUGUCUCAAAAAAUGAGAAGUGUGCUGGAUUAUUUUGAUAUUCCUGCAAGUCUGGUGUUUGCACGGGCAGUAGAUAUCCUUGAUGAAGAAUGUGAAUCGCACCAGGAUAAAUAUAAUAUUUGGCCUGAUAUAUUGGAUGGCAUGAUCUAUAUGUUUUCUAUAGAUCAUUUUGAAUUGGACAAAGGGAUCUUUGGCCAUGUUAAGAAGAAUCCAGAAAAAUAUCUACAUAAAGCUAAUAUUACAGCUAUAAUUUCAUGGUUGCAACAGAUUGAACCAAAACCUGUGACUUUUCUUCUUACUGGAUCAAAUAUAGAUUACGUAAAUUUUAUUGCAACUUAUGCUCUUGGAGAGAAGUGGCAAUCUAUUUUUGAUAUUGUAAUAUGCUUUGCAAAAAAACCAGGCUUUUUUACCACGGAUCGACCGUUUUUAGAAGUUGUACAAAAUAAGAAAACUGAUAUUAUAAGUCAACAUUUACAAAAGGGCAAAAUAUAUAGUCAAGGAAAUUGGAAAGAUUUGCACAAAUUUUUCUCUUUUACAACGGGUAAAAAAAAUCCACAAUGUUUAUACAUAGGUGACAACCUGGUGCAAGAUGUUUAUGUACCGAAUGCUUUCACAUAUUGUGAUACAAUAUCCAUAGUUGAAGAAGUAAUGUCAGAAAAAAAAGAUAAUUGUAUGGAUUUGUGUUGUAAACAGUAUCCAGAUAAAAAGAUAUUGAACUCAAAACUUUGGGGAUCUUACUUUUGCUUGACAGAUUUGAAGACUAAUGUAGACACUUUUUGGGGGUAUAUAAUAAAAAAGCACUCAAAACUUUGUGUAUCAUGCAUUGAUGAGAUUUUAACAAUUGCUGUAGAUAAAUCUUUUCCAUGUUUUGAUAAAUAUAAAAAAUCAUAAUGUCUUAUUAAUAUGCUUGUUAGUAUACACACAACCAUGUAUCAGUUAUGCGAAAAUAAUUGUUCCUUUCCGGAAUUAUAUAGAAAAAUAAAUAAUAAUUGAGUUUUAUUUCUGUGUAUGUCUUUAUUAAAUAAGAGUAAAAUCUUUAUUCUCUAAAACUUGCUUUGUGCAUUUUAAAUG